AGUGACAUUCAAGUGUCACAUUUCGCCUAACCUCACUGUAAUGAAACUGUUAUGAAACUCAAAAACAAGAAAUUUUGGACUUAAAUUAAGUGAAAAUGUGUUAAUUGUAAAUAAUUUAAGUAUAAUGUUAAAAAUAAUACAGCUUCAAGUUAAUUUGUGCAAAGGACAAUCCGUAGGGAAUGUGGCAACUCAAACAAAUCUUAUCCUCAAGAAAUAUGUUAAUUUUACGAUUCCGAUUGCACAGUAUGUUAACCAAUCAAAACCUUCAGCAACCACAACGUCCAUAAACUUGAACGAACAAGAUUUAAAGAAUUUGCCCGACAAACCAACUAAGGUCCCAGCAUGGAUGCCCACACCCUCCACAGACAGGUCAAAUUUGAUCCAGCAUUAUUUAAAACUGUCCAAAAUACGACUAACAACCUUGGUUGUUGUCACUUCAAUGGCUGGCUAUGCGGUAGCACCAGCACCUUUUGAAUGGUCCACGUUUGCACUGUGCAUCGCUGGUACUGGUUUAUUGUCAGGUGCUGCCAAUGCAGUCAAUCAGUUUCACGAAGUGCCGUUUGAUGCACAAAUGUCCAGAACCAAACAUAGGGUGAUUGUCUGUGGAAGACUUACCCCUUUACAUUCUAUGUUAUUUGCUGCUGGUGCCAGUGCCACCGGACUAAGUAUACUUUACUAUGGAGUGAAUGGAUUGACGGCUGGUCUAGGGCUGACUAAUUUAUUGUUGUAUACCUCAGUUUAUACACCUAUGAAAAGAGUCAGCAUUUUAAAUACUUGGGUUGGAUCCAUAGUCGGCGCCAUUCCCCCGCUGAUGGGCUGGUCCGCCUGCGCGGGAACUUUGGGCCCCGGCGCGUGGCUGAUGGCAGCCCUGCUCUACUCCUGGCAGUUCCCGCACUUCAACGCCCUCUCGUGGAACCUUAGGCCCGAUUAUUCGCGCGCCGGCUACCGCAUGAUGGCCGUCACGCAUCCCGCACUGUGCAGGAAGGUGGCUCUGAGACACACGAUCGCUUUGCAGCUGUUUAGCACCGCCGCGCCCGUACUAGAUGUCACCAAUUGGUGGUUUUUGGCCGGAAGCACGCCUAUCAACGCCUACUUUAUUUAUUUAGCUUAUCAGUUUUACAAAGACUCAUCCAGCGCAUCAUCUAGAAAAUUGUUUAGGUUUUCCCUAAUUCAUUUACCUCUAAUAAUGCUGAUGUUCCUAUUAAGUAAGAAAAAAUGGUUUGUUUUUGACGAAGAAAAUAAAGAAAAAGCAGUAUCAAAUGUACAAUAAUGUAAAUAAAG